UGCGUGAUGAAAGUGCGCGAACAGCAGAAAAUCACAGAAGUUGAUUGUUCCUACAGAGAAUCAUUGUCUGAUGGUCAAGCAUGUCUACAAAUUAUUAGGAUAGCCAGGAGACAAAUAUGGAUUUGGAACAAACACAAGCGCUAGACUUUGAUGGAGAUUUUGAUGAUGAAGAUGAAACUGAUGAUGAAGAAGCAGUAAAAAAACCAGUAGCUCACUUGAAAGUGAAAGGCCAAAAGGAAUUUCAAGAAAAAGUGUUUGAAAUCUAUGAAGGUGAUAAUGUGAUAGGACGUCAUGAGAUCACAUGCAAGGUCUGGAUUCCCCUCAAGGCCCUGUCCCGGGAGCAUGCAUGUAUAGAAGUCAAAGGAGACUCGCACUUCAUCUAUGACAAGGGCAGUAGGAACAAAACCAGAAGAGGCAAGGCUGUGCUGAAACCUGACGUGAGGUACGAAUUAACAAGUAACACUAGUGUAACAUUUGGUGAUGUGGAGGCUGUGUACUACAUAGGAGAAGAGGUCAAUGACAAUGGAUCUGAGACUGGAUCUGAGUCGUUUCAGACAGCUCCAGUGGAUGAUGAGGGUAUUGAUGGUAUCAAGGGAGAGGCUACGGUACUGGUAAUGGAGGAGGAGGAUUGUGAUAGUGAUGCCAGUGUAGACCUUCUACAACCAACACAGGCCUAUCAUGGGGGAAGAACAUUGAACUUGGCACCAGAUUCAGAUGAAGAAGAUGGCCCCCAUCACAAACCUAAUGUGACAGUACAGGACACACCUUUUCAACCAAAACGAGCCGGGACUAUAGGAAAUACAGCUGUGUCAACACUAGUAUUGCCAGAGUCUGACACUGAUGACGAGGAGGAAGAUAGAAGGAAAGCCAGAGUAUUGCAGAAUCUACAAACACAAGUUGUGGCAGACACCCAAGAAGACGAUGAUGAAGAAGAAGGAGAGGAAAACAACAAUGUUGAUCCUGCUUUGUUUGGAGCCACACAGGCAUAUGUCAUGGAAAGUGACACAGAAGAUGAUGCUGAGAAUACAAGAAAUACUUCCCCAGCCAUCUUUGCAGCUGAAACGCAAGCAUUUACAGAAGAAUGUGAUGACAAAACCGAUGGAGAUGAUGACCAGCCUGUAGAGACCUUUGUGGCUGAGAGUGAAGAGGAAACUGACAUGGACAAUGAGAAGGCAGCUAUAAUGGAUGAGGACACUGAGGAAGAGGAUGAAAAUAUUGAUGUCAGUCAUAUCUUUGCUGCGUCCACACUGGCUUGUGACAUGGCCGAUGUAGAGGAGGAAGAGGAUGAACCUACAGACAUCAAGAAGAUACCCCAUACAAAUGUAGAUGAAGCAGAUGUUGAUGACGAUGUUGCAACACAGAUGGUAAAUGAAGAUGCCACCCAGUUGGUAGUGGCCCCUAAGAUCACAGAAGAUGAGGCAACCCAAGUUAUCGAAGAGGAGGGGGACUCAGAAAACACUGCUACUCAAUGUUUUGGGGAUGCCACAGUGGCUGUCACAGACAAGGCCACAGUGGCUGUCACAGACGAGGCCACAGUGGCUGUCACAGAAGAGGCCACUGUGGCUGUUACUGAAAAUGCCACAAUGGCUGUCACAGAAGAGGCUACAGUGAUGGUUACAGAAAAUGCCACAAUGGCUAUCACAGAAGAGGCCAUGAUGGCUGUCACAGAAGAGGUCACAGAAGAGGCCACGAUGGCUGUCGCAGAAGAGGCCACAAUGGCUGUCACAGAAGAGGCCACGAUGGCUGUCACAGAAGAAGCCACAGUGGCUGUCACAGAAGAGGCUACGGUGGCUGUCACAGAAAAUGCCACAAUGGCUAUCACAGAAGUGGCCACGAUGGCUGUCACAGAAGAGGGCACGGUGGCUGUCACAGAAGAGGCCACAAUGGCUGUCACAGAUGAAGCCACAAUGGCUAUAAUAGAUGAAGCCACAAUGGCUAUCACAGAAGAGGCCACAAUGGCUGUCACGGAAGAGGCCACACAAAUGUUUGACAAUGACAAAGAUCUUGAGAAUGAUGCAACGCAAGUUAUAGAAGAUGGGCCAGAAUAUGAAGAAACUUCUCAUAAAAAUAAAACUAGUAGAGGAAGACAAGGAAGGAAAAGCAAGACAAAGGGUGUUGAGGAGGAGGAAGCCACUCAGAUGUUGGAUGAUGCCAUCACGGAUGAAUGUGAGCCUACACAAGUUGCAGAGGAUAUUAAUGUACCACAAGACAUGCCACGUAGGAGGGGCAGAAAGAGUAAGGUGACUGAGAGAGACACAUGUAAUGUUGUAAAUGAUACAACAGAAGAUGAAGCCACACAAGUUGUUGAUGAUGUAUGUGUUGAUUCAGUAAAAGUUUCCACCAAAUCGAAAGCUGGCAGAGGUAGAGGGAGAAAAAGUAAAGCAAAAGAGGUUUUGGAGGAAGAAGCUACACAGAUGGUAGAAGACACUGAAGCAGGUGAAGAAGACCAAGCUACCCAAGUUAUAGAAGAUGUAGAAACAAACAUUGCAAAGGAAUCAACAGAAAAGGUCAAGGUUCCUAGAGGACGUCCGAGGAAGAGAGGGAGGGGAAGGGAAACAACUGAGAAAGAAGCAACACAGAUGGUAAAGGAUGCAUCAACUGGAGAUACUGUAGAGCACACAAAGUCCGAACCUGGAGAAAGGGAAAGUACAGAGGUAGUUUCUGGUGGUGAGGAAGCAACACAAGUGUAUGGUAUGGAUGUGGAUGAGGAGGAGUUGGAUCAACCCAGGGGCAGGAGAAGACAGGUAAAGGUGUCGUCCCCUAAACAGAAAACAGACCAGGUACAGAAAGACCUUGUCAACUUACCAGCACUACAGCCAGAAACAGAAGAAACUGACCAGUUGGCUGGUAUGGAUGUGGAGGCAGCCACACAGAAGUAUGGAGAGGAGUCUGAUGAGGAGGAUACCCCGCCUCUUAGUGAGGAGAUGGUACAAGACAGUGAGGACGUCCUAGGGAAGAGCCCCAUCAUACCACUUCCACAGACAUCACCCCACAAAUCAGCUCUCUCCAGUCCAGACAAACGCAACAAAAGCCCUUCUCCAAAGAGGGUCAAGUUUGCUGUGGAGAGCCAGUCUUCAGAAUCAACAAUUGGUGAUGAGAAUGAAAAAGCUGGUCCAUCUACUGGUAACACCGCUACAAGGUCAAAACUUGCAACUGCAGAAGAAAAACCGAAGAAAAACGUGACAAGAGGCCGCAGGUCAUUACCUGCCAUUGCAGUUGAAGAAAAAGGAGUUGCUAGCACAUCAGCUAAAGGUCGAAGGUCACUUCCUGCCUCAAAUUCAGACAAUAUUGGUUCAGGGAAAAAUAAUGGAAAGAAUAUAAAGAAAGGAAAGCUGGAAAUGGAGGAUACUAAAAAACUUGGAAAAAAGGAACAUGAAGUAGAGGCAGAGACAACCACUGCAGUGAGAAGGGGUGGGAGAAGGUCAACUGGGGUCAAGCUGAAUGAUGAGCCAAAGGUCGAAGGUAAAACUCAGGGAAGAAAAUCAGCAUCAGAUGACAAGUAUAUGAAACAAAAAGAGGAAAAUGAUGUUAAUUUGAAAAAAGAUAAAGGCAAGGGAAGAAAUUCAAAGUUCAAAGAAAAAAAUGAGGAAAAUACUCUCCAAAAUGUUAAAGAAAGUGAAAAUGAGGUUGGGCAGUUAACAACAGACCAUGAUAGUGUAGAAUCAAAGAUGGAAACUCCUGCGGAUGAGGUCAAGGGAAGAGGUAGGGGACGGAGGUCAAUCCAGGCUGGAGGAAGUGGUGAAAAUAAGGAGAAAGCUACUAAGCUUGUUAGGGUAGGGAGUAAAAGAAAGGAAGCUGAGGCAUUGGAGCCUGCUAGCACUAAAUCCAAUCUGGAUAAUUUAGUGCAAAAUGAUGACUCUUCGUUGGAUAAAGAGGAAGAAGUUAAAGGAAAGACUUUUAGAGGAAGGAAAUCUAGACAUGCACCUGUGGAAAUCCAAUCAAGGGAGGAAAGUCCGACAGCUAAUGAAGUGAUAGAAAGAGAUAGGACAACCUCUAGAGGACGGAGAUCUUCACAAACUUCUGGAGAUGAGGUAAAAGAGAAAGAAGCAGUUGAGGAGAUAAAUGUUCCUACAAGAGGAAGGGGUAAAAGGUCAAAGUUAACACUAGUGGAGGAGAAAGUUAAACAAAAGUCAGACACUGUAGAGGAAGCAGAAAAGUCGGAAAAGGUUAUUCCCACUCCAAAACAGGGAAGUAAGAAAAAUAAUGAAAUGAAGGACUCUAUUGAAAAUACAGUAGAUAGUACAGCAGGAUCAACGUCUAGAGGGAAACGCUCCAAACAGGUCACCAACAUUAUCAACAAUGUGGAACCUGUUCAGGAGAAAACUGGUAGGACUGUAGGUGGUAGGUCAAACAAAAAAGGAACAUCUCUGGAACAAGUAUCAUUAACAGAGGUUGUCCCUGAGAAGGAUGACCAGGAGGAGGAGGAAAAGAAGGGAAAGACAACUGGAAGAGGAAGAAAAUCUAAACAGUUGGUAGUCGAGGAGGAGACAGUUACUGCAAAAGAAACAGCUGAGCCUCCUAAACCUAGACGAGGAAGUAGAGGGAAAAAAGUGGAAGAACCCUCCCAGAAGGAUUCUGUAGAGACUGAGGAAAUAUCAGCUACAGAUUUGGCUAAUAUGAGUGGUGUGUCGGAGAGGAGAUCUCGUGGACGUGGUAAACAGAAAAUAGAGGUGACUAGUGUGGACAGUGGAAUUGAGGGUCGGAGUAGUAGAGGUAAGGGUAAACUAAAAGGAGACAGUGUAUCAGCAGAUAGUGAAGAAACAGAAGAGGCAGAAAGUGAGGCUUCUACCUCGCGACAGACUAAAACUAAACGUGCAAGUAAGAUCAAGGAAGUCAAUGUUUUUAAUAGUAAAGAUUCCAAGGAGGAACAUGCUGAAAAGGAAAGUAACUUUGAACAAACUAAAAAUAGGACUAAAAGUAGGGGCAAAGCAUCAAAUUCAAAAGAGGAUGUAAGUGUUACAAAAUGUAGUGAGGAAAAUAAUUCAAGUGUUGUCAGAAAAGGAAAGGGUAGGAAAACUGACACUUCCAUUAGUGAUACCGAUCAGGGAGAGGAUGAUUCUGUAGCAAGUUCAAGUCGGAAAGGAAAGACUACAUCUCGGGGUAAACGCGGACACAGUCAGGACCAGGACGUGAUUGAAACACCUGCCAAGAAGGUUAAAGAUAAAGCAGAUCCAGGGACACCCGUCCAGUCUAAACAGAAUGUUUUGGCUGUGGACUCACCGUCUCUGAGACGAAAGUCCAUGGAUCCCAAACCACGCGUCAUGUUUACAGGGAUGGAGGAUGAACAAGGCCAGAAGACGGUGAAGGAUCUUGGUGGUGAGAUGGUGACUUCUAUCCAUGAUUGUACCCACUUAGUCACUGACAAGGUACGACGAACAGUCAAGCUACUCUGUUGCCUGUCUCGAGGAAUUCCCAUUGUCCAGCCAACCUGGCUUAGCAGUAGUAAACAGGCUGGCAUAUUUAUACAGGAUGUUACACCCUACCUAGUGAAGGACACGGCCACAGAGAAACAGUACAAGUUCUCCCUCCAGCGAUCAAUAGAACGUGCUAGUCAAGCCAGUGUUUUGCUUGGCUACCGUGUCCAUGUCACCAAGUCCGUCCGACCAGAUCCCACACAGAUGAAAGAUAUUUUAGAAUGUGCUGGAGCUGAGUACCUGGAAAGUGUGCCUAGUAAGUUCAAAGACCAGACCGUGGUGGUGUCGUGCGAGGAGGACCGUAAACUUUGUCAGGAGGCACUGAAGGCAGACAUUCCCGUAGUCAAUGCCGAGUUUGUGUUGACUGGAAUCUUACAACAGGAUGCUAACCCAUACAAUUACCAGAUAUUGAACAAUUCCAAGAAGAGACCAGCAGACAGCAGUGCCGAGGGACCAUCUAAACGAAGGCGCCGGUAGCACCCUGGUCAACUCUAUAGACAAUACAACCAUCUAUAAACGAUAGGUACCCUUGUAAACUCUAUAGACAGUACAACCAUCUAUAAACGAUAGGUACCCUUGUCAACUCUAUAGACAGUACAACCAUCUAUAAACGAUAGGUACCUGACUACUCCAUAGACAUCAGUACACAGGUGUCUGCUAUAUUAACAGCAUCAUAGAUACAAACUUUCAAGUCAUCAGACAGGAUUGCCUGUUGCCAAUUAAAGAUUGAUGUGUAGUAUACAUACUUUCAGUGUACUGGCUAUCGAUCCACCAGUUAUAUACCAGUGUCUACUUAAUAGUGUACUAAUACCACUGUGAACAUCAUGGUUUCAGUGCCAUGUGACUAACAUACUCAUUGUGACACAUCAGUGGACAUAAUCAGUUGAAUGACACAUGUGAUGGAACAGGAACUAUUAUCAAGUUGUUAACACUACUUAAUGUCCCUGUACAGAUACAGGUAUGUUUAAAAACCAAAAUUGUGAUAUUGUCAUUUGUACCAUGUGUCCUUAAUGCUAGUAAUUAACUUGUAUAGCAGAUAGAAUACCAUUAAUAUACUACAAACUUGGGUCAAGUUUUAAAUGUGAAGAGUAUUCCUCAACAUAAAACUGUCACAUUGUAGCCUCUAUUAACUGAUAAUUACUCGACCAUCAGGAUUCCACUGUAGAUAUAUCCAAACACCAUAUCUGAAAUUUCUGUUAUCCAAGCACCUGUCAUGUUCCCAAAUCAGCUUACCUGACAUUGUGAAAUCACACAUCAUAACAUCUGUAGAAUUGAGCAAGUUAUAUGUCCCUGAAUGGUCUGGGUAUGUGGUUUUGUGCUGUAUUGUGAAAGAACUCUAUUGUGGCAUAUAAUAUGUUAUGAUUUUGGUUGAUAAUUUCAUCUCUAACAAAGAGACAUGGGACCAAGUGACUGAUGUAAGGAACGUGAUGCCAGUUAUAUGGACAAGUGCCUUAUGAACAUGUUUCUGUUAUUUGAUAGAUGGUACUGGUAAUUUUAUGUUUAUGAAUGUAUGCAUGGAUCUGUGUUGACUUGUUAGUAUGUUAUGAGUGUAAAGGUGAUUCAACUAAAACUUUCAGGGAACUCGCAUAUGAUAGUUUCCAGCGUGUUAGUGGAAAGGAAAAUUGAAGUUCUAUAUGAUUAGGCAUGAUAGUUUUUGUUCAUUGUGGGUGCAAAUUACAUGGUGUCAAUUUCUUUUUUUUAAUGAAUGUUACCUAUGCAGCAGUUAGUGUAUUAAUACAAUGUGGUUUUUAAAACUCUUAAAUAUUUCCUCAUUUAAAUCAGAUUUAUUCAUCUUUUUUAACAUUUUUGAUAUAACAUUAUCUUUUAAGGAAAUAUAAGAUUUUAGUUUCAAUACAUAGUUUUAUAUAUAUUUAAUGUCACACACUGAAAAUUCACUAAUGAAAAAACAGUGCAUUUAUUUCAACUUUCACCACUCGUCCUAUUGUUCGAUCAGUAUUAGUAAUUAUGUCCCCCAAACGAAAGUGGGGGGACAUAUUGUUUUUGCUCCGUUUCUUAUUAUUAUUCUUAUUUCUUCCACUUUCUUCCGCCGCGGAGGUUUCCGACACUUUUCUCAGAAACUACUGGGCGGAUCAUCAUCAAACUUCACAGACAUACUCAUUAGUGUAUAGGGGUGUGCAACCAGGUGUUUUUUUCGCAAUCAGACAUCCAAGAUGGCCACCAGAGCCCACUUCCUGUUUUUAGAUUUCGGUCUCCGAUUCAGUGAAAAUUGGUGUAUAUGGGUUUUUAGGGAUGCCGAAUAACGUGGUUACAUUUCCGAAAAGAUUUGUUGCCAUGGUAAUGAAGUGGUGGCCUGUGAUUGGUCGAAAUUUAGAUAUUGUCAUAUUUUGAUGAAAUUUGGUAUGUAGGUACAUCAUGGGACUACAGUCACUCCUGUAACCUCACUUUCACAUUUUAACAAAAUGGCCGCCAUUUCCUGGCCUCUGAUUGGUCCAAAUUUACACAUUGUCCGAUUUUAAUGAAAUUUGGUAUGUUGGUACAUCUUUGGGCACCGGUCCCUCUCGUAGCCUCACUUUCACUUUUUAACAAAAUGACCGCCAUUUCCUGGCCUCUGAUUGGUCUAAAUUUACAUAUUGUCUGAUUUUGAUCAAAUUUUGUAUGAUAGUAUACCAUGGGUCACUGGUCACUCUCGUUACCUCACUUUCAUAUUUUAACAAAAUCACCGCCAUUUCCUGGCCUCUGAUUGGUCCAAAUUUACAUAUUGUCAGAUUUUGAUGAAAAUAGGUAUGUAGCGGUAUUACGGGACUGCAAAAUCAACUGAAUGGUGUUCGCUACCAUAACUACCAUACAGAAGCUUCUGAUUGGUCGAAAUUUAGAUGUUGUUCGAUUUUAAUUAAAUUUAGUAUAUAGGGAUAUUGAGGGAUGCCGAACGUAAUCGUAUGACUGCGGGGGUGUUUGGGGGACUUCUGUAAUGGUUUCCCAUUACAAUUAGUACUUGUUUUAAUUUAUUUUCUGUGCUACUCAAGUACGUCUCCAGGUUAUAUAUUCAGUCUAUUCAAGCUUAUUAGGGAAUACAACCUGUAGUCAUUUUCUAAACAUUACCAGUCUUAUAAAACUGUUUGGAAUACAGUGAACAAAGGCUGUCUUACUGAUUUGACGAUUUGUUUAUUAAACAAUACAAAUAUGUAGUUGUUUGACCUAUAACGUAGCCCUGCUACUGUGUAGGAAUACUAAUUGUUGAUGUAUUGAAUAAAAAAUGUGAAUGUGAUGUGAUAUUCCAGCCAUUGUUUAAUUUUCAGACUUGAAAAUAAAUUCUCAUAAAUCUAA